AAAAAAAAAAAAAAAAAAAGGCAAAACACAAAAGAAGAAAAGAAAAUUAUGGGAUUUUGUUUUUGUUUAUCCUCAGGAGGAUCAACAGAUAAAAGUCAGAUUUAUGAGAUAACUGAUUAUGGACAAGAAAAUGCAGUUUUAUACUCUGACCACCAUGUUGUUCCUCAAAACUUGGGCUCUGUCUCUUCUUUAGCCGGAGGCAAGGGCUUGAACCAAGAUGCUGCCAUUCUCCACCUGGGAUAUGGAACAGAAGAAGGAGCGUUAUGUGGAGUGUUUGAUGGGCAUGGACCGAGAGGUGCGUUUGUGAGCAAGAACGUAAGGAACCAAUUGCCAUCUAUACUCUUAGGCCACAUGAAUAAUCAUUCAGUGACUCGAGACUGGAAACUCAUAUGCGAAACAUCGUGUUUGGAGAUGGACAAAAGGAUUCUUAAAGUUAAAAAGAUUCAUGAUUGCUCUGCUUCUGGAACUACUGCUGUUCUCGCCGUUAAACAUGGAAAUCAAGUGAUGGUGGCAAAUCUUGGGGAUUCAAGGGCUGUCAUGAUUGGAACAAGUGAGGAUGGAGAAACCAAGGUGGCUCAGUUGACCAAUGACCUGAAGCCAAGUGUCCCAAGCGAAGCGGAGAGAAUAAGGAAAAGAAACGGAAGGGUGUUAGCUUUGGAGUCGGAACCUCACAUUCUGAGAGUUUGGCUUCCAACCGAAAACCGACCAGGCCUAGCCAUGUCGCGGGCUUUUGGUGAUUUCCUCCUUAAAAGCUACGGUGUCAUUGCGACUCCGCAAGUCUCUACGCAUCAAAUCACUUCCAGCGACCAAUUUCUACUCCUUGCUUCAGACGGGGUACGUAAAUCUAAACCUAUUAAGUAUAAACUAAAAACCUGCCACACCACACUUUAAUUUUAUAUGAGAGACUAUGUUUUUGUAUUUUGGUUACUAUUGAUUUAAAACCGAACCAAAAUCCAUGUUCAAUUGUGGCCCACCCAUUUAAGGCUUUUUAUUAAUCAACCUGGGCCCAAAUAAUACGACCAAAUCCAAAGUAAAGCCCACAUUUAAAAUAAUUCGUUUUAGUUGAAUGACCCACUUAAAUAAUGAUUUUCUUUUGUUUCUUGUAUAAAGGUGUGGGAUGUACUUAGUAACGAGGAAGUGGCAACGGUGGUGAUGAAGUCAGCAAGUGAGGCAGGAGCGGCCAACGAGGUGGCAGAGGCGGCGACUAAUGCGUGGAUCCAGAAAUUUCCAACGGUUAAGAUUGACGAUAUCUCUGUCGUGUGUCUCUCUCUCAACAAGAAGCAUAAUCCACAGCCACAAAUAUGAACAAAACCCACUUGCUCUAAUCAAAGAAUCAUGACACGACAGCUCACACAAGACUUUUGUGUUUUGCCUAUAAGUGAUUGUGACUGUAUAUAUAUAAUCUAUAUAUACCGUUGUAUCUUAAUUCUUAAGUCGUGUGAUUAUUUAGAAAGAAAAAAAAAGAAAAAGAAGAACAAUAGAUUAUAAUUAGGAAUGGUGUGUGUCGUUGAAUAAAAGCAACAAUGAAUUAUGACAUUUUGGACACACGUCGUGUGGACUGGUUUGGACUAGUUCAAAUUGAUUAUGUAAUUGCUAUAGAAAUUUGAUAAUAACAUUUU